AUGGCCGCCUACGGAAGAAGAAAACAAAGAGAUCCGUUUUUGGGAGCUCGAUUGUCUUUGUUGGGAUUGGCAAAUGCGCGAAGUAGCGAACCAGCAUCAGCACUAAUGAACAUUCAAGACCAGAGAGUCAGUACAGAGAUUGAUUCAAACGCUGAUAUGGCCGAAUCAGCUGCGGUAUUAUCACCUGCUUUCGGAUUGACAGUUCCGUAUAACACAAUGUCCAGCAUCUUAUCCGAUGUUUCGUUUGAGGAAGGAUCUUUAUUGUCUCAAAGUAUCAGUUAUCAAAGUGCUAUGGCGGUUAAUGAGAUGCAUAGAAGGGAAAGUAAUAGUUUGAAUUCCUCCAGAGAUGAUUCAAAUCAUUCGCAAAACGGCAAACAAGAUUCAUCUCUCAAUCCUCCUUCAACACCAAAGCACGAAAAUACAAAGUCCACUUUACUCGCAUACAUCCAAGCUUCACCGGCCGUCACUGAUAAUAGCCGAGCAUCCAGUGGCAGUACGGUGAACACAUCAAUCCUAUUUCCAAAUCGUGAAAGUCAAAGAAGCAGUUUAGGAAUGCUAUUGAUUGCCAAUGAUGACAUCUUUCCUAGACCGCCUAUUCGACGUGGGUAUGAUACCUUUUCCAACGAUGGAACUAUACUCGCACGCGGAGGAUCGGAGAUGGACGAAGAAACACCCAAAGCGAAACCGAUUGAAAUUGAUGAAUUUGAUUAUCGGAAUAAACCUUUACCCGCAAUUCGAGACUCAUCGGAAGACGAUAGAACAAUCCGACAAUCUAUUCCACCCUCACCACCUUUGCCCACAACGAUGAAGGAUGGAGCGAAUUUCUUACAUGCACAAAAUGCGAUCGGACUUCUGCUUAUGCCUGCUUCAGGAGAAUCAACUACUGCAUCCAAAUUACCUUGCAAAGAACCUGCCAAUUGA